AUGGAGUCCCAAACCCACCAUAACCCACUUUCUGCUAACAUUGAAAACCCACCGGAAAUCCCCAACUCCUUCCCCACCACCAUCCUCCAAAAAGUGAAGAACAAUCUGGUUUUUAAGUCAAAAUGGGCUGAAUUAAACGGUGCUAUGGGGGACUUAGGCACAUACAUUCCUAUAGUAUUGGCCUUGACACUAGCCAAGGACCUUAACUUAGGCACCACACUAAUUUUCACUGGUGUCUACAAUAUUGUCACAGGUGCAAUCUAUGGUGUCCCAAUGCCUGUCCAACCCAUGAAAUCCAUAGCUGCAGUGGCAAUAUCAAACCCGAAUUUUGGGAUCCCGGAGGCGAUGGCCGCCGGAAUUCUCACCGCCGGGAUCUUAUUUGUAUUGGGUGUUACAGGUUUGAUGCAGAUGGUGUAUAGGUUUAUCCCACUGUCUGUUGUUAGGGGUAUUCAGCUAGCACAAGGCCUAUCAUUUGCAAUGACUGCAGUGAAGUACAUAAGAAAUGUUCAAAAUUUUUCUAAGUCCAAGUCUAGUGGGGAGAGGCAUUGGUUGGGGUUGGAUGGAUUGCUUUUGGCCCUUGUUUGUGCUAUUUUCAUUAUAAUUGUUAAUGUUGCAGGUGAUGAAGAUGAGGACACACAUAGAAACUAUGAAUUGGGUGAUGAAGAAAGGGUUGGAAGGAAGAGAAGAUUGAUGAAAAUCAUAGCUUCUCUCCCUUCGGCUUUUAUAAUCUUUUUGUUGGGUGUAGUUUUAGCCUUUAUAAGAAGGCCUAAAGUGGUCAAUGGGUUUAAAUUUGGGCCAUCUUCUAUUGAAAUUGUGAAGAUAUCUAAGCAUUCAUGGAAGGAAGGGUUCAUAAAGGGUACAAUCCCUCAACUGCCCUUAUCGAUCUUGAAUUCAGUCAUCGCUGUCUGUAAAUUGUCCACAGAUCUUUUUCCCAGGAAGGACAUUUCAGCUACCUCAGUUUCAGUGACUGUGGGGUUGAUGAACCUAGUGGGGUGCUGGUUUGGGGCUAUGCCAUGCUGCCAUGGCGCCGGAGGACUCGCCGGGCAGUACAAGUUUGGUGGGAGGAGUGGCGGUUGUGUGGCACUACUUGGUGCAGCGAAGUUGGUUUUGGGGUUGGUUUUAGGUAGCUCUUUGGUGAAGGUUCUGAGCCAAUUUCCUGUUGGGGUGUUGGGGGUUCUCCUUUUGUUUGCUGGGAUUGAGCUAGCAAUGUGUUGUAGGGACAUGAACUCUAAAGAUGAGUCCUUUGUGAUGCUUCUGUGCACUGCUGUUUCCCUUGUGGGCUCCAGUGCAGCACUUGGCUUUGUUUGUGGGAUGGUUGCUCACUUGCUUCUUAUACUGAGAAAAUUGGAUAAAGGCAAAUCUUUUUCCACUGUGUGGAUGCAUAGAAACCCAUAG